AUGGGUCGUAUUGUAUCUAAUAUAUCUUCAACUGAACUUGAACUAGUUUUAGCCCAAUUUAAUACAACAGAUCAAGUAUCAUUAUUUCUAGACUGUGAUGCUGACAAUCGAGCUUAUGCAACAAAAUGGCUUUCAUAUUCUCGUUUACAGACCGGUGAUUGGUUUGGUAUAUUAUCUUUAAUAAAUGAUCUGUAUAUUGCUUAUAAUCAAUCAUUGCCACCAUCAACUCAUCAUUUAUUAUUUGCAUAUUGA